UUGACCACUUUUUCAUUAUUACUUUUUGGAUGAGCUUGUUUGAAUAGUUUAAAAGGCAAUAUUCUGAUUAGAAGCUGAAGGACUACAAAAGCCAUGUUUUUGGCAGAAGCUGGAUGUGUGUUUAUGGGUUUCAUCCUGUACAUCUCAGGUAUUCAUGGACAGGCAAACAGCAUCUGUGCCUUAAAAGGUACAUCAGUGGAUCUGCCCUGCUCAGCUGAACAUGGCACUUUGAUCAACAAAUGGUACACUGUACACUGGGAUGGCUCCAAGUAUGUACAGUAUGAACUCUCCGCAGAUGGAAAUCAUUUAACGUACCACAUGUCUGAAGAGCCAACUCUAAUAAUCAAUGAUCUCAGUGAAGGUGAUGAAAACAAAUACUGCUGCAGAGAGAAUGCAGACAACCCACAACGCUGCAGGUCCAUUAGCAUCGAACUUCAUGUUGCAGACCUGCAGGUGAAGGUGAUUCCCACCACAGAGGGACAGACAGUAACACUGAUAUGUAGCACCAGCUGUCCUCUGACUGAAAACCCUGCAGUCUACAUCUGGUACAAGAACAGAGAGUUCCUCUAUGAGGACUGGUCUCCCUGGUACCACCAGCUGGUCAGCAGUGAGGAAGCAGUCACAUACUCCUGUGCUAUCAAAGGCUACGAGCAUCUCAGAGCUCCUGAAGUCUCAGUGGAUUCUGUCACAUCGACCUGCUUUAAUGUGACCUAUGCUGAAGGGACAAUGUGUUCUCAUGAGCAGUCAUCAGAGGAUGAGCCCUGCUCCAUCACAUAUCCCAGAGCUCCACCCUCUCGUCAAUAUAUGGUCACUUCUGGCUCCAAAAAAAACAAGAUGACAAUGAGCAAAAUGCCGUACUUGAAGCUUCAAAACAGCAGUCCACAGGGUUCCUUAGGAUUCCUUCAAU